AUGUCCGCCCCGCGCCCGGGCCACGUCAGCCGCGGCGGGGAGCGGCGGAGGCGGCCGCCAGGCUCCGCCCCGGCCCGGCCCGAGCUGCCGCCGGAGCGGCCUCACCGGAGCUCGCCCAUGGGGCCGGUGUGCGGCACCCCGCGCUGCUCCGCGGGGUGUGUGUGUGACACCGUGCCCGGCUCCCCGGUGUGUGUGCGUGACACCCGGCUCCCGGUGUGUGACACCCGGCCCCGCUCCCCCGUGACGCCCCGCGUUCCUGCGUUGACUCAGUCGCCCAGGCAUGCCCCGCGGCGGGACUACAGCUCCCGGCAUGCCCCGCGGCGGCGGCGGGACUACAGCUCCCGGCAUGCCCCGUGGCGCACGGCGCCGGUGCGGCGGGAGGCGGCAGCCGUGGCCGAGCGGGUGUCACCGGGCGUGGGCCGCAGCCCGGCCCCGCCGCCGCGGGCUCCGCUGAGGAGGGCCUCCGGUGGCGGCCGGCGGAGCGGCGCGGCCGGCUUCAAGUCACCGAUCCCAUCUCCAAGGUCCUGCCAACCUCAUGGAGCCAACGAAGAAUCCCUCCAAUAUGAGAUUGAAGAGCUGAAACAAAAAGACCUUGCUCUGGACCAGGAAAUUGCACAAUUACUGUCCGAAGGCUACAGCCUGGAGGAACUGGAGAAGCACAUCUCUCUGCUCCACGAGUAUAAUGACAUCAAAGAUGCCGGGCAGAUGCUGCUGGGCAAACUGGCUGUUAUCCGAGGGGUUACCACAAAGCAGCUCUACCCUGAGUAUGAUCUGGAGCUUAGUGACUAGUAUUGAACAUCAAGACUGCCACGUCCUGCAAAAAUGACUGUUACUGGGCUUGUUAUGCUUUGGUGUUGUGUUGGUUUAGAACUGAUAUAAUGUGGCCUUGGAAGUAUGUGUGUAGAGUUGCAACAGAACAUGGGUUAACAGCCUUAUUUCCAAGAAGCUUUGAACGUGAAAGUUGUUGAAUCUAUCAGCUGUGUCCUGCUUGUGGGAGAGGGAUGUAGGACUUUGGAUUACUUGUCUACUACCUGAUCAACAGUAUUUCUUUAUGGGAAAGGUUGUAAUUCCGGUUGGUUGAUGUUAAGAUUCUUCCCGUGGAGCCUUUGCUUCUUUACAGCAUCCAGCAGCUAUUUGGUUACUGAAUGGAUAGAGGAAGUGAGGGCAUACAGAUGUGCAAUGUAAUAGUUGCUUUGAAAGACAAGAAAAAGCCCUCAGAAGUAGGAAGGAGGCUGAUGUAGGGCUCUGGGGGUUUGGUUUAUGAUCAAAUCUGGGUAACUCUGGGUGCUCUGCAUUAUUUACUUAUCCACUCUGGUAUCUAGAGGUUCUGUAUCAUUUCUGUAGCAAAUGGCAAAAUGUGAAGUUGUGUUGAACUGUCUGAAUAAAGCAGCUAUCACAUUCCUCAGUAAUUCACUGUAAAAGCCUAUAAACCAUUGCCUGAACUGGGAACAAA